AUGUUGUCUAUCGAUGAGGUAGGGGGCGAUACAGUCAUCUACUCAUCCAUCGACGCUGCGUUGAAGGAUAAAUUGUUGUUCGCGAUUAUCGCAUCGCCCGCGCCCUGGCACGCUGAGCACGCUGCGCAGUUGUUGUGUGCGAAAGUGCCCGUGCUGAUUGAAAAGCCCGUUUCUGAUUCGUUGCAACGGCUUUCAGCUUACCGUGAGGUGCUGGCUGCUCACCGGGAUAAGAUCGAAAUCGCUUACAAUCUACGAUUCAUGUCUUCGGCCAUCAGGUUCAAGGCCCUCCUGGAAGGGGCCGCUGUAGGUGAGGUGCGCAGUGUAAGCGUCGACGUCGGUCAGUUCCUACCCGACUGGCGCCCUGCCAGUGACUACCGCAAGAAUGUGUCCGCCCGAUACGAAUUGGGCGGCGGCGUGCUGUUGGAGCUCAGUCAUGAGCUCGACUAUCUCGGGUGGUUAUUCGGUUCGUUUAAAACGGCAUAUUGCGUUAUCCGUCACACUGGCGAUCUCGAAAUUGAUGUGGAAGACAGCGUCGACGCGCUUCUUGUUCGGGACGACCAAUUGGUCAUCAACGUGCAUAUGGAUUUUCUCCAGAGAGCGCCGGUACGGGUCUGCAAAGUCGUGGGGCAGCAUGGCACUCUUUAUUGGGAUAUUUUGAAUAAUGGCAUUACCCUGCACACGGGUAGGGAUCAGCGACAAGUUUUGUUUGAGGACCCCGAUUACGAUCGCAAUACUAUGUACCUUGAUCAGCUACGUCAUUUUGCCAUGGUUGCUGCAGGUUCGACGGCUCCGGCAGUUGGGCUUGAAGAGGGUCUUGCAACACUUCGCCUGAUCGAAGCGAUGAAGAAGUCCGCAUCAAUAGGUCAGGUCGUCAAUGUCGGAGAUAUUCAAACGUGAGCGUAUACGCCUUCAUUUUCGCGCGAGGCAACUCCAAAGGUUUGCCAGGUAAAAAUAUCCGAAUGCUCGGCGGACACCCGUUGAUUGCGCACUCAAUCCGAGUGGCGCAGCAAGUUGGGGGUAUCGAUAGGAUUUUUGUAUCCACAGACUCAGAUGAGAUCGCUGCUGUUGCCGAGGCCUAUGGCGUGAGUGUUAUCAAGAGGCCUGACGAGCUAGCGACUGAUACAGCACCUGAGUGGUUAGCCUGGCGCCACGCUAUCAGUCAUCUUCGAGCUCAAGGUCACGAGUUUGACGUGUUUGUCAGCCUGCCUGCUACUAGCCCACUGCGCGGCGUUGAAGAUGUCGAGCAAUGUCUCGCAUGUUUAGACUCAUGCACCGAUGUCGUCGUUACCGUAACCCCUGCUUCGCGUAGCCCUUUCUUCAAUAUGGUCGUUCGAGAUUCAGACGGAGUGAGUGAGCUUGUGUGUUCAGGUAGCGAUGUUCACCGACGUCAGGAUGCCCCCGCAGUCUACGACAUGACGACCGUGGCCUACGUGGCGUCCCCAACGUUCAUUUUAACUAAUGAGCGUAUCUUUUCGGGACGCGUCAGAUCGGUAGUAGUGCCCCGAUACAGAGCUGUAGAUAUUGACGAUAUCUAUGACUUCAAAAUGGCUGAAAUUCUUCUGGCUGAUAAAGAGAAAACCAAUGUUGGAAGGUAAGAAGUUUAUAGUGGCGGGUGCGGGCGGUUUGCUCGGUAGUAAACUGACAGCAGACCUGAUCAAUAAUCACGCCCAUGUCAUCGCGGCCGACAUCAAUCUUGAAUUGAUGAAAGAACGCUUGGUGUCUCAAGGUUUGGACACCAAAAAUCGCGCGCUGACUUGUAUUAUGCUCGACCUCAAUGACGCGAGCUCUGUAGGGGCUCUGUUUGCCUCUAUCAGUGGCAUCGAUGGGGCGGUCAACUGUUCUUAUCCGAGGAACAAACGCUACGGCUCAAAUUUUUUUGAUGUGUCACUUGCAGAUUUCAAUGAGAAUGUUUCUCUACAUCUCGGGUCUUCCUUCCUCUUCAUGCAACAGUGCGCCGCGUAUUUCAAGCGUGAGCAGGCGCCGUUCGCCCUGGUUAACAUUUCCUCCAUCUAUGGUGUCAUUGCACCGAAGUUUGAGGUCUACGACGGUACGCCCAUGACCAUGCCCGUAGAGUACGCGGCUAUAAAAUCUGCACUUCUUCAUAUGAGUAAAUAUGUAGCCAGCUAUGUCGGAGAUAGCGGAUUUCGGUCGAAUAGCGUAAGUCCUGGCGGGAUUUUUGAUCACCAACCCGAGCAGUUCCUUGAGCAAUACAAAAAGCAGACCUUGGGGAAAGGGAUGCUCGAUAUUAAAGAUGUAAUCGGAUCAAUCAAGUUUUUGCUCUCCGACAGUGCUCGAUAUGUCAACGGCCAAAAUAUCAUUGUUGAUGAUGGUUUCAGCCUGUAAUUCACAUUCACGAUAGAGUAAUAGUGCGACAAUGUUGAAUUUAUUACUAAUAGGUGCAGGGCAGUUAGGCAGUCGUCACCUGCAAGCGCUGGCACUUUCAGAUUUUUCCGAUGUAUCUAUUCAGGUUGUGGAUCCUUCCCCGCAGGCUCUUCAAUUGGCACAGGAACGCUGGGGGCAGGUUGUUAAAUCUCAACAUAUAAAGUCCAUUGAUUUUCUGACAGAUUUUACGGAAGUAAAACGUGACAUCGACUUCUGUAUUAUUGCCACAAAUGCGAAUUGUCGCUUGCAGGUUCUCAAGGCCUUGUUAUCCCAUGCGCGUGUGGGGCAGUUAAUACUUGAAAAAGUAUUAUUCCAGUCUGUCGCGCAAUUAGAGGAGGCAAGUAGACUUCUACUUUCUGUGGAGACGAAAGCAUGGGUAAAUUGCCCGCGUCGUAUGUUUCCCAUUUACCUCGCGCUGCGAGCGCGUCUGUUAGAUGAACGGAAGUUUAACCUUCAAGUUUCGGGUAGCGACUGGGGGCUAGCGUGCAAUGCCAUUCAUUUUAUCGAUCUAUGGGCUAUGCUCGGUGGGGAACAGAGCUACGUGCUCGACACUUCUGGCCUGGACAAUACCGUUGUUGAAAGCAAGCGUUUUGGUUAUAAGGAAGUAUCAGGCACAUUGAAGGGCGGUUCUGGGGAGCGAGAUUUUUCGUUAACGUCUUUUGCAGGUAUCGACGCGGUACCCUUGAGCAUCUUGAUCGAGACAGAGCGAUUUAUUAUCAACGUCAACGAGGUGAUGGGAGAGUGCACAUUGCUGACGAAGGAGACCGGAGCACAGGAAGUACUACCAUUCUCAGUGCUUUAUCAGAGCCAAUUGUCCCACAGGGUUGGCAGUCAGUUAUUCGUAGGAAGGAUUAGUUCCUGCGAAUUGACUCCUUUCAGCGAGUCCGCUUCGCUACAUGCGCCAUUCUUGCAAGGGAUGCUCGAGUUUUUCAACAAGCAAGACGGGUGCGCGCACACCCUUUGCCCAAUUACUUGAUUUAGGUUACCCAUGAUUCUAUUAGUCGGUGCCGGCCCAAUGGCCAUCCAAUACGCGAAAGUGCUGCAAGGUAUGGGCAAGCCUUUCACAGUGGUAGGGCGGAGCCAGCAAUCAGCAGACCGGUUUAAUGCCAGCAUUGGCAUUCAGCCGUUUGUAGGAGGUAUCGAGGUAUUUCUCUCUUCUGCGCAAUCUAUAAGUCAUGCAAUAGUCGCUGUCAGUGUCGAGCAGUUGGAGCGCACUACGGCAUGUCUCGUGGAAAAUGGGGUGAAACAUCUGUUGGUGGAAAAGCCGGGCGGAAUGACGCUAGAGGCUAUCGAGCGCCUCCAAACCCUUGCUCAGGUAAACGUUGCUUCUAUUUAUAUUGCUUACAACCGUCGCUUCCUCGCUACGGUAAUCAAGGCACGUGAACUGAUCGAGGAAGAUGGUGGAGUUAUCAGCUUCAGUUUUGAGCUCACCGAGUGGGCUGACUCCAUCCAAAAAAUCAAUAAAGCUGAUGGGGUUAAGGAAAACUGGUUUUUUGCCAAUACUAGCCAUAUUACUGACUUGGCCUUCUAUCUGGGGGGGACACCUCGAGAAAUUGCUACCUUCACUGGUGGUAGUUUGCCGUGGCACAGUCGGGCCGCUAGGUUUGCCGGUGCAGGAGUAACCGAGCAGGGUGCAUUGUUUUCUUAUGCGGGUGACUGGGAGGCGCCGGGCCGUUGGGCGGUAGAAGUACUAACUCGCAAACGACGUUUUAUUUUUAAACCACUGGAAAAGUUGCAAGUCCAGAAAAUUAACAGUGUUGAGAUAGGGGUGGUAGAUGUCGAUGUUGAGCUGGACGUACUGUACAAGCCGGGAUUAUAUUUACAAGUAGUUAAUUUUUUAAACUGUGAUGAAGCGAAUCUAUGUUCAUUAACAGAGCACUUGAAUAAUAGUAAGCUUUAUGCGCGUAUUGCCGCUUAUGAUUGAUUCAACUGCAAUACUGCCUGGCGUUAUAACCCAAUGAGCGUGGGAAAUCGAGCGGGCGCAAUCAAGUAUGUCUUAGCAACCUACAGUGAGUUUUCGUUGGUCGCUUUGCUGACUCUAUUCUUCACUAAUUUUGCCAACCAGCAGGUACUCGCAGAUUCGAGUAUUACGUUUAUUGUCAUUUCCUAUAGUACCUUUCUGGCAUUGGGCUUUCAUAAUGGCGCAAUACGGGACGGUGCGAUUUGCGCAGAUGGCGAAGAGAAGGAAAAUAUCUUAAGGUUGGAGCUUUAUUUCUCAGCGUUUAUUGCAGUUUUACUUGUUCUCUCGGCAAUCAUUGUCCGAAAUAAUUUUUACUUGAUGGUCGGGUUGUUUAUUGGCGGCAUCAAUCACCUCAAGACAUCUUGCCAGACAGUGUUCAGGCUGAAGGGAAUGGAAAAUUUGCUCAACACCCUCAACGUGGCAUGGGCAUCCGUGUUUUUUCUUUCAUUUUCCGUUCUAACCUGGUUGAAAGGGGAUAUGGCACUUGAAGUCAGAUUUUUCAGUGCUUGGGCGGGGGGCGCUUCAUUGGUUGUAUGCUCGCUCUACAUAUUCUGUUUAUUUACACUGAGCACCAUCCGGCCUUCUCCCGUUUUGAUGCGUGAGCUAUUUUUUAAGAUCUUAAGUUCGUCUAAAUACUUAUUUCUGAUGGCCAGUGGGUUGGUGGUGGUGUUGACCUCGGAUCGGCUUGUAUUGAACGCAUUGGAUGCCGCUGAAAAAAUAAGGGCCGACUUUCAGUAUGUAGAUGUUCUUACGAAUAUUUACUUUCUCGGUAUGACUUCAGUGUUGUACUAUUUUACGCCUGGACUGCUGAGCCGAUUUAGCGGAAAGGGAGGCGAGCAUCAAGCCGAGUUUAAGUCAAUGGCCUCCAAAUACAUGACUUGUUUAUUUGGAGUAGCAUUGGCGUUUGUGUUGGCGAUAACCGUAUUUUUGUUAUUUUUCCAUCGAUUUAGCUGGGGGCUUCUAGGUAUCCUUGUAUCGAUGUUGGCUGUUAAGACUAUGCUGGUGUGCCUUGGGAUAGUUUGUAACUUCUAUCUAGCCCAAAGACUAGAGCGUAUUUUAGCCGUCGCUUACUUAGGAUUAAUGGUGCUGGGGCUGUCUCUUUCUUUUAUUUACAGCUAUCUCUUCAUCGGCUCGACGAUGCUAAUUUUUCUUCCUCUCCUGAAUGCUGCGCUUGUGGGGAUUUUGAUUGUCUACUUGCUGAAAAGAAUAGGCUUGAGGGCCAAGUAUGAAAAAAAUACUCAUACUAACUGAUUCGCUUGGACUGCCGAGGGUAGUGCCUGAAUUCAUUAAUGAUGAACAGUGUUGGACCUAUCGCCUUGCUGAUCGAUACUCGAAAUAUUGUCGGUUUCGAAUUGUCAGCGUACCAGGCAUGGACACAGACCAGUUGAUGUCGCUAGUGACUGGUUACUAUAAGGCGAUUGAAGCUGAUGUGGUCGUUGUUCAAGUCGGUAUUGUCGACUGCUAUCCGCGUGCGUUAAAAAAGGCCGAGCUCUCGUUAAUGCUAAGGAUGCCAGGAUUUCUUAGUCGCCUGAUUCAUCGUUGGGUGAAGCGGAACUAUUCCUGGCUAAUCGUCAAGCGUGGUAUUCGUUAUGUAAAGUCCGAGCAGUUCAGCGAAAAUCUUAAGCAGUUACAGCAAAAUUUUCCAAAUUCGAAAGUGUUGGUUGUGCCCAUUGCACCGCCAUCAAAGGCAUAUAUAAAGAAAAAUCCAAUGAUCCUCGGGGCUGUAAAAGAAUAUAAUGAUUUGCUGGAGGCGAGAUUUUCCAGUGGCUUUUUGACACGGUGCUAUGCUGAAGCGACUGAUGACAUUUUUUUAAGUGAUAACCAUCAUUUGAACGGAUUAGGAAAUGAACUUGUGUAUGCAGCUGUGAAAGACGCGCUUUCUUUUGAGGAUGCUGACAACGGUACGUGGAACCUCAGAUGA